UACACCACUCUGCUUUUGGGAAAUAUAUUUCCUCUUAUGAGAGUUUCCAUGCCUAGUACAAAUUGGUCUGAUUUGGAGACACAUCGCUACAUGUCCACCCUACCCAUUCUUCUGGGUGCAAGAUACACCAAAGCAUCUUGUCCGAGACCCAAAGCAACCCAUAAGAGUCCCUGAAAUAGAGGAGCAAAGCAAGGCUCCCUGUAUUAUAUAGCAAACCUCCAAGCAGAAAGAAAGAAGAUUCAUUCCACAGCAGAAGAAAGACAGAGGACUGAAGGUUCCACAGAGGAGAGAGAGAGAGAGCAGGGCACCCGGCCGAGAAUCGAGCCCAGCAAAAAGGAGAAACCGGGUGCAAAAGCGGCCAAGGCAGCACCUGCAGAACUGUGGAAAGGAGGAAAAAGACAAGAGCAGACCUGCACUAUGAGCAACCCAAAAGGUGAGAAAGUCGAGAUCAAUCCUGCAACCACUCAGCAUCCACCCCCUGCCUCUGAGAAACAACCCUUCGGAGAAGCGGAUCUGUCAGCAUCCAGAAUGGGCACCGGGGCACCUCCCAGCAUGCCCCCCCAGUGCCAGGCUUCUUAUGCUACACCUGGGGCAGCAUUCAACCAGGGUCUGGUCCUUCAACCUGCGCAGACCAUCUUCGUCUCACUUGCCCAGCCUGUCCAUGAACCCGAUUACCUGGCCUACUCCAUCUCCACCUUAAUUUGUUGCUUCCUACCCGUGGGGAUCGCUGCCGUGGUCUAUUCUGUAAACACCCGGGAAGCCAACCGCUCUGGGAACAGCAUGGCUGCUCGGCAGUACUCCAAGCUGGCGCUUAUUUUAUCCCACACAGCACUCGGACUGGGGAUUCUGCUGGUGAUUGUUGAUAUUAUCAUAGUUUCUGUUUUAAUGGCAAAAGCAGUUACUGUUGCAACAGACUUUGUUCAGAAGGCUGAAAUACAUGCGUAAUCUCUCUUUACAAUUGUCCUGUACUCACAACAUGGGUUUCCUGCUAUCCCCUCUCCAACCCAUCUGAAGUAAGGCCCAUUGAACUCAAUGGGGUCUACUCAUGAGUAGAUACCCCUACGAUUACGAGGUUGGAAAGUGAAGUGUUUUAUUUGUAUUCCGUGCUGCCAUUCCGAUUUCUCGCUCAUCUGAAUA